UGGCAAUUUACAAUUAUAAUGUUAUAAUUAAGAUUAAGAUUGGGAACGACUAGUACAUUGUAAAAUAGCCAUAUAACUGUAUACUGUUAUUAGUAAAGAUCACGUGUCAAUACUACCGUUAAUCCUGACGGACAUUUUUGUCAAAAUGCAAUUUUUACCACGGACGUAGCACUUAAAAACGUAGUCUACAUAUUACUUUCCUCAAUCAAAAUAUUUUGCCACAGACACGUUUCUCCGUGUGCGGACAGAUCGACGAUCCCUGGUAAAGAUAUUUCAGGCAUUCUUCAUUCCUUUACAAACGUGCAAGCGCGCCAUUAAAGGAGGCGGGGCUACGGCGCCAUCCAAUAGAACGCUGCUUGGGCGUUCUUAACAUUGAGGAUGCCGCGAAACGGCCACGUGGUCCAACCCGGAUGUAAACAUGUGAAGUAGUAUUUUAUGUUGCAAGCCGAUCACGAAGUGUAAAGUGUUAUAAAUGUGUCGUCGCUGAAAAAAUUGAAGUCGACCAGCGAUGAUGCAGUACCUUCGCCGCUCAGUUCGGAGCAGCUGGACCGGAUAGAGAAAAACAAACGUGCGGCGUUGGAGAGACUAUGUGCCCGAAAUGUACCCGAAGGAUUUGGAGAUAGCUGGCGUAAUGCACUAAUUGCAGAGUUUGGGAAGCCAUAUUACAUAAAGCUAAUGUCUUUUGUGGCGGAGGAGAGGAGACGGUACACGAUCUACCCGCCCCCAAAUCAAGUGUUUUCAUGGACGCAGAUGUGCACCAUUCAUGAAGUGAAGGUCGUGAUUCUUGGCCAAGACCCAUACCACGGGCCGGGUCAGGCACACGGGCUGUGCUUCAGUGUGCAGAGGCCGGUUCCGCCUCCUCCCAGCUUGGAGAACAUGUACAAAGAGCUGUCCACUGAUAUAGAAGGAUUCCAGCACCCUGGGCACGGGGAUCUCACAGGAUGGGCAAAACAGGGAGUCCUGCUGCUCAAUGCUGUGCUGACGGUGCGAGCACACCAGGCCAACUCCCACCGGGACCAGGGCUGGGAGACCUUCACGGACGCUGUGGUGCAGUGGCUCAACACGCACCUGAGCGGCCUGGUGUUCAUGCUGUGGGGGGCCUACGCCCAGCGGAAGGGCGACGUCAUCGACAGGAAACGACACCACGUCCUGCAGACAGCCCACCCCUCCCCUCUGUCGGCGCACCGUGGCUUCCUCGGCUGUCGACACUUCUCGAAGACCAAUCAGCUGCUGCAGAGAUCAGGGAAGAAGCCCAUCGAUUGGACGGCGCUCUGAGUCCAUCCCAUUAGGGUGCUUGGUUGGUUCAGUUUUGUUCGACUGAGGUUUGAAAUGCAGUUUUUUGGGUACCGUUGUCUACAUGAAGUUUUAAAUUUGAGAAGAGCAUAUUCUUAAGCGAAAUCAAUAGUGAAGCUACAAAUAUUACAACCUUAGAAGUUCUCUGAAUUUGUUUUGUAAGUUUCCAUGUGGUAAAAAAUACCAAUCGAUGCAAGACAUGUCCUGUUUACCACGUUUAGCUCACUCGUGUCCAGUAAUUGGAUGAACCUGGUUUGUCUUUGCUUGAGUCUGUCAUUCCAGAAAUGUGUGGAAAUAUUUUGGCUGUAAAUAUUUUUCUGUUUUAUACCAGUUUGAAUAUAAAAUUUGAAAAUGAAA